UUUUGUUAUUGUUUUUUGUAUUUUCAAAAAACAAAACAAAAUGGGUUGGAGCAUUUUGCGUUAACGUCUUGCUUUUUAAGUGUGACGCCCAUUGCUAAAUGUUCUCUCUCUUUGCCCACGCACCACCUCCACCACCACCACUGAUCACAACACUACUCCACCGCCAGGUCCGCCGCCUCCUGCACCUUCGUCCUCCUUUUCUCUCCGUCUAUCAUCAACUGACGAUGAAAAUAUAAUCAGUCGUAGAAAAAUCGGAGAAUGCCUGAUGUUUGAGCUCUAGAAAAAAUUUAGAUCUCCCUCACUCUGACCUCACAUUUCUCAUCAUCUGAAAUUCUCUCUCUCUCUCUCUCUCGCUCGCUCGCUCGCUUGCUAGAGCUGCAUUACGUUUACGGCCGCCUGAGAUGGACCGCAGGAGUUGGCCUUGGAAGAAGAAAUCAUCUGAUAAGGCAGCGGCUGAGAAAGCAGUUACUGCAUCAGACUCUGCUGGUGCUUCAUUAGUCUCAGCUGGAUCUCAGGUUGAUCAGGAUAACUACAAAAAACCAAACUAUGUUCAAAUAUCUGUGGAGGCAUAUUCACAUCUAUCUGGGUUGGAGGAUCAAGUAAAGACAUAUGAGGAUCAAGUUAAUGCGCUGGAGGAUCAAAUUAAAGAGUUGGAUGAACAGCUGUCAGCAGCCCAUUCAGAGAUGACGACGAAAGAUGACUUGGUGAAACAGCAUGCGAAAGUUGCUGAAGAAGCUGUCUCAGGGUGGGAGAAAGCUGAAGCAGAAGCUUUGGCAUUGAAAAAUCAUCUUGAAUCUGUCACACUUUCAAAGCUCACUGCUGAAGAUCGGGCAUCCCAUUUGGAUGGUGCUCUCAAAGAGUGCAUGCGGCAGAUACGGAAUUUGAAGGAUGAACAUGAACAAAAAUUGCAUGAUGUUCUUCUUAUGAAAACCAAGCAGUGUGAGAAGAUUAAGCUUGAGUUUGAAGCAAAGCUGGGCAACUUGGAGCAGGAAUUUCUUCGGUCAGCAGCUGAAAAUGAUGCCUUAUCAAGGACAUUGCAAGAGCGUUCUAACAUGCUGAUUAAGUUGAGUGAAGAAAAAUCACAAGCUGAGGCAGAUAUUGAACUCUUGAAGAGCAAUAUUGAAUCAUUUGAAAAAGAUAUAAAUACACUGAAGUACGAACUCCAUGUAGUUUCUAAAGAGCUAGAAAUCCGUAAUGAAGAAAAGAAUAUGAGCAUGAAGUCUGCUGAAGUAGCCAACAAGCAACAUUUGGAAGGUGUCAAGAAAAUAGCUAAAUUAGAAGCAGAGUGCCAGAGAUUGCGAGGUCUUGUGAGGAAGAAGUUACCUGGCCCUGCUGCAUUGGCCCAAAUGAAGCUAGAAGUUGAAAACUUAGGCCGAGAUUAUGGAGAAACUCGACCAAAGAGGUCUCCUGCGAGACCUUCUAGUCCACACUUCACCCCUAUUCCUGAGUUUGCUCUUGAGAAUGUACAGAAAUGCCAUAAAGAGAAUGAAUUUCUCACAGAACGACUGCUAGCAAUGGAGGAAGAAACAAAGAUGUUAAAAGAAGCUUUGGCAAAGCGUAACAGCGAAUUGCAGGCUUCAAGGAAUACUUGUGCGAAGACAGCUAGCAAGCUUCAAAGUCUGGAAGCACACCUGAAAAUUAAUAAUCAACAAAAGAGUCCCCUCAAAUCUAAUGUUCAGAUCCUCACUGAAGGUUCCUCAAGUCAAAAUGCUAGCAAUCCACCAAGCUUGACUUCCCUGUCUGAAGAUGGAAAUGAUGAUGAAGCAAGUUGUGCUGGGUCUUGGGCUACAGCAUUGAUAUCCGAGCUCUCCCAAUUCAGGAAGGAAAAGAACAAGGAGAAUGUGAAUCACUUGGAGCUCAUGGAUGACUUCCUGGAGAUGGAGAAGUUGGCAUGUUUAUCAAACGAUUCAAAUGGAGCCAUUUCCAUUUCUGACAAUUCAAAUAAUAAGAAAUAUGAAAUUGUAAACCAUGACACUUCAGCAGAAAUUGGAGCACAUAUGGAUCUCCAGCCUGCACAGCAGGAUGAUUUGGAUCCCUUGGCAAAUCUGGUAUCUUCUGAUGUGGAUCACUCGGCUUCUACACCUGAAUCUCAUACUAAUCAAAUGCCUUUGGAGAAGCUUCAUUCUAGAAUCUCUAUGGUGUUUGAGUCCAAGGACACUGAUAUGGGAAAAAUUUUGGAGGAUAUCAAACAUAUUGUGCAGGACGCACAUGAUACUUUGCAUCAACAUUCUGUAAGUUGUGUUUUUAAAGAAAUACACUGUCCUGAUGCUACGUGUAAUAGGGAAGCUUGCCCUGAAGAUUCUGGUGUGACAGCAGAGGAGGAGGUAUCUUUGUUCCCAGAUGGUAAACAGGGCACAGAAUCUGUGCAUGUCAUAAGCCAAGAAUUGGCAGCUGCCAUUUCUCAGAUUCAUGACUUUGUCCUGUAUCUGGGCCUUCUGGGGAAAGAAACUAUGACACUCCAGGCGACAUCUCUUGACGGUGGAUUGAACCAAAAAGUUGAGGAAUUUUCAGUCACUGCAAAUAAAGCUCUAGAUAGCAAAAUAAGUUUGUUUGAUUUUGUUAGUCAACUUUCUCAUGUUUUAGCCGAAGCCAGUGAACUCAGCUUUAAUAUCCUGGGCUACAAGGGUAUAGAAGCAGACACCAAUAGUUCUGAUUGUAUAGAUAAGGUUGCUUUGCCUGAGAAUAAAGUAGUUCAGAAGGACUCAGUGGGAGCGCAAUAUUCAAAUGGUUUUGAGCACAUUUCUGAUUCCAUUUCUAACCCUGAGGUGCCUCAGGAUGGGAAUAUAAUCAUUGGCUUUGAAUCAAAUGCCUCGGCAUGCAAAUGCUCAUUGGACGAGUUUGAAAAAAUGAAAUUAGAGAAAGAGAACUUGGCGUCAGAUCUAAUUAGAUGUACUGAAAAUCUUGAGAGUACUAAAUCCCAAUUACAAGAAAUGGAACAGCUUCUAGCAGAUGUCAAGUCACAAUUAGCAUCUGCUCAAAAGCUGAAUGGGUUGGCUGAAACACAGCUCAAGUGUAUGGCAGAGUCGUACAAAUCACUUGAAAUGCGUGCUGAAGAGUCAGAGUCUGAAGUGAAUCUUUUGGGAGUUAAAACAGAAAAUUUGGAAAAUGAACUUCAAGAAGAAAAGAGGAGUCAUCAGGAUGCUUUGGCCAGAUGCAGGGAUCUCCAGGGGCAAUUAAAGAGGAAUGAGGGAUGUUCCGUGGCUGAUAUUGAUCUCAAGACCAAACAGGAAAGAGAAUUAACAGCUGCAGCAGAGAAGCUUGCAGAGUGUCAAGAAACAAUCUUUCUUCUCGGCAGACAGUUGAAAACUUUGCGUCCUCAACCAGAACAAAUUGGGUCUCCUUUCAGUGAGAGAAGAGGGGAAGGCUUUGCAGAUGACGAACCAACUACUGCUAGAAGCCUAAACUUGCAAGACUAUGAUCGAACCGAGCUAGAUUUUGCUGCUUCCGUAAAUAUACAGAGAAUGGGCAGCAGUGAAUCUCCAAUGGACCUUUAUAAUGCCCCAUAUAGCCCAUCCGAAACUGAAGCAAACCUUCUGAGAUCCCCAGUCAGUUCAAAGAAUCCAAGACACAGGCCUACCAAGUCUGGCUCUUCUUCCUCGUCUUCUGCUCCAACACCGGAAAAAUCACGGGGUUUCAGCAGAUUCUUUUCCUCAAAAGUAAAGAAUGGCCCCAUUAAUUAGCUUGCUGCUUGCAAGCUCCAUGCUAGUACUACAUGGUCAAGCAGAACACCUCAUAUGAGUAAAUAGCAGUAAAGAUAAACCUCAGUUUUUGUAGAUAAACAAUCUGAAUCAUUUUCUAUCAGUGACGAUAGAAAUUUCCAGAAGUUUCGAAUCUUUGAACUAUCUUGAACUGGUGUAGAGAGGAUGAGUUUUGACAAAGCAUGAAAGAUCAUACCCAGUGUUCGACUGGGACUUAAUUUGUGAACAGAAGAACCUUCACAAGUGAAAGAUCAGAACUUAAGUAUUUGUUACUUCUGUUAUUUAAAUCGUGGAGCUCUCAUCACCUGAAUCAUUCAUGAUAUAAAAAUCACACCUACUGUGAGGUUGGACCUGUACUGUGAUGUCAUUUUUGCUUUGGGGUUUUUCUCAUUUCCAGGAGAAUGAUCCUGCCUUUUCUUUUUUAUUAUAUUUUUUUCCGUAAGAAAUGGAUAUGAUCUCUCCAUAUCUGUUAAUUCCUUUCUAUUCUCUCCUGUAAUUUUUUAAUUUGGUUAAUUGAAUGUGACACCAUGACUUCCAACC